AGUCAAAAUUGUCCACCAUUAUAAUCACCUAUCAACCCACAAUUGACGACCCACCUACUUUCUUAACUUAAACCUCUCUCAUUUUAUAAUCAAUUUAAAUUCAAUUAUUUAUGAAUUGAUCCCAGUUUUGUUGGUGCCUUGUUUUGUUGUAGGUGCACCUGCAAUCAUCCCACAAUCUCAUACCCACUUCUUUGUUUCUCAAUCUUCUUCACUUUGUUAAAUUAUGGCUUCAGGGGAGUGGCAUAUGGAGAAAAGAUCUAGUAUUAGAAAUGAAUCUUUUGACCGAGUAGACUCUGAGGGUUCUUUAGAGUGUGGGUGUCUUUCUAUAAUUGUCCUUGGUGCUUCUGGGGAUCUCGCCAAGAAAAAGACUUUUCCUGCUCUAUACAACCUCUACCAUCAGGGAUUUCUUCCUCCAAGUGAGGUCCGGAUAUUUGGUUAUGCUAGAUCCAAGAUGACAGAUGAUGAUUUGAAAGAUCGGAUUCGUGGAUAUCUGGUUCCCUCCAAGAAUGCAACACCGGAGCUGUUAGAAGAUGUUUCCACAUUUUUGCGCUUAAUUAAAUAUGUCAGUGGUUCUUAUGAUGCAGAGGAGGGCUUUCAGUUGUUGGAUGAAGAGAUAACCAAGUAUGAACGUGAGCAGAACACUCAUGAAGGAGUGUCUAGAAGAUUGUUUUAUCUUGCAUUACCUCCUUCCGUAUAUCCAUCUGUCUGCAGGAUGAUACGGCUUCACUGUAUGAAUAAAUCUAAAACUGGUGGAUGGACACGUAUUGUUGUUGAAAAGCCUUUCGGAAGAGACUUGCAGUCGGCAGAACAGCUAAGCUCACAGAUUGGAGAGUUAUUUGAUGAGUCACAGAUCUAUCGUAUUGAUCAUUAUUUAGGGAAAGAGUUAGUUCAGAAUCUGCUAGUAAUGCGAUUUGCAAAUCGCUUUUUUGUUCCUCUUUGGAAUCGAGAUAACAUUGAUAAUGUACAGAUUGUCUUCAGGGAGGAUUUUGGAACCGAGGGUCGAGGUGGAUACUUCGAUCAGUAUGGAAUAAUUCGUGACAUUAUUCAAAACCACCUCUUGCAGGUUCUUUGUUUGGUUGCCAUGGAGAAGCCAGUGUCACUUAAGCCAGAGCAUAUUCGUGAUGAAAAAGUGAAGGUUCUACAAGCAGUUGAUCAAAUCAACGACGAAGAGGUUGUUCUUGGGCAAUAUGAAGGCUACAAAGAUGAUCCAACUGUUCCAAACAAUUCAAACACACCGACUUUUGCAACUGUGAUUUUGCGGAUAAACAAUGAAAGAUGGGAAGGUGUUCCAUUUAUACUUAAGGCCGGGAAAGCAUUGAAUUCAAGAAAGGCAGAGAUCCGUAUCCAGUUCAAGGAGGUCCCUGGUGAUAUAUUCAGAUGUAAAAAGCAAGGAAGAAAUGAAUUUGUGAUGCGGCUACAGCCUUCGGAGGCUCUUUACAUGAAACUUACGGUGAAACAGCCAGGACUGGAAAUGUCAACUGUUCAAAGUGAACUGGAUUUGUCAUAUAGGCAACGAUAUCAGGGAGUUGUUAUUCCUGAGGCCUACGAACGCUUGAUUCUUGACACAGUUAGAGGCGAUCAACAGCAUUUCGUCCGCAGAGAUGAGCUUAAGGCUGCAUGGGAGAUUUUCACUCCUCUUCUACACAGAAUUGAUGACGGACAUCUGAAAUCCAUUCCAUAUAAGCCUGGAACUCGAGGCCCAGCUGAGGCGGAUACGCUACUUGAAAAGGCUGGUUAUGUUCAAACUCAUGGUUAUAUCUGGGUUCCUCCCACUUUAUAGGAAUGCGAUGAUGGAUUGCUGGUAAAGCUACAAAAUUGCUAUGAUUAGAAUGUGUUUGUUAUACUGUAUCGGUGCCAGAUAUCUUAAUGGAUUCUUGUACACUUGUUUAUUGUGUAUUCACGCUUACGCUCCUACAUAAUAAAAUUACUUUGAGCCCAACUCUCAAA